UCAACAAAGAAAAUAUUUUUCUAAACAAUUGAAUUGUAUGAUUUGAGAAACAAGAAUUUUCCAAUUAAAUCCAAAAAGAAAAGACUUGUCCAACUAAACCCAAAUAAAGGAGAAAAUACUUUUCCAGUAUAAUAGGGCCCCCGGUCUACGUGGAAUAAAAAUGUGGUUGAUACAUAACGGAAGACUAAUUAACACAAGUUCCAAGUCAAGCUGUAUCAAAAGAUCCUAAACCAUGGCUAUAAAUACAUGGCAUCAAAGCCCAUUCAUAUAUACAAAGGCAUUUUACCCUCAUCUCUUUUCUACUUUGCACAUUUUUUUCCAGUUAUGACGUUGCAUGUGCGUUUUAGCUCCAUCUCUUGUUUCUUUGCUUUGAGCUUCUUGGUUACUACUCUUGUUUCUCUACCUUCUCGUCGUCUUGACGAAGUCGAGAGCCUUCUAGCUUUCAAAAACGAGUUUACUCUCUCAUGCAACAAAUCAGUGACAAACUCUUGGACCCGUGACGCCAUCUUCUUUGAUGGGGUCUUGUUUGAUAAAGACACUGGUGGUGUCACGGAGCUAAAACUUCGUGGUGCGUGUCUCAGCGGCACUCUCGACGCUAACAGUAGCCUCUUCAAACUACACCAGCUCAGAUACCUGGAUCUCUCUCUCAACAACAUUUCCUCUUCACUACCCGCAGAGUUUGGGCGACUCACCGACUUAGAGUUCUUGGAUCUUCACCAAAACCGCUUCACCGGAGAGCUUCCUUCCUCAAUCAGCAACACCACUGUUUUAACCAAACUUCAUUUUCUAGAUAUUUCUAACAAUAGUCUACAAGGAAAAGUGCCCGAAUGGGUAUGGAGUCUUCCUUCUUUGACCGCUACUAAUCUCUCUCGCAACUCCUUUGAUAGUUUCCCUAACGUUCCACCAACCGUGACGUACUUGGCCGCAUCAAACAACAAUUUCACAGGAGAGAUACCUCUUUCGUUGUGCAAUCCAAAGAACCUAUUAUUCCUUGAUCUCUCGAACAACAGUUUAACUGGUUCGGUUCCAAGAUGCUUGAGUGAAUCAGUGACAGUGUUGAAUCUCCGUCGCAACAGCCUUACAAGCCUUCCCGACGCAUUCUCCAACAGCUCACUAAAGGUGCUUGACGUCGGCCACAAUCAAAUAAAUGGGAAGCUUCCAAGAUCUCUUGAACAUUGCAAAAGCCUAGAGUUUGUAGAUGUGGAGGGAAAUCGAAUCAAUGACACGUUUCCUUUCUGGUUGAAGGAUUUGCCGAAUCUGAUAGCGCUUAUCCUACGAUCAAACAGAUUCUACGGUCCUCUAUCUUCUCCUCAGCAUCCUCUACCAUUUUCAAAACUGAUGAUCAUUGACAUAGCGGGUAACAUGUUUGACGGCAGCCUUCCACCAAACUACUUUGUGAACUGGAGUGCAGCCAUUAGACCGCGAGUGAAACACAUCGGAGAUUCUUACUCUCUUGUUGAUUUCUCCGGAAACAGAUUUGUAGGAGAGAUUCCAGAAUCCAUUGGUAUGUUGAAGUCGCUGCUUGCCCUCAACUUAUCCAACAACGGUUUCACAGGAGUUAGGGAAGCUCUCCUUCUUGUCGUAUAUUAACAUGUCAUACAACAAUCUCACUGGCCAAAUACCACAGGGUACUCAGUUUCAAACGCAAAAUGAGUCUGCAUUUGAAGGGAAUAUCGAUCUAUGUGGCUUUCCUCUUCGAAAGAGAUGCUUCAGGGAAAAUGUAUCAGCAACAACAACACAUACACAA